GAUGGUUCGACAGAUCCAGAAGAAAAAGUCACGUUCCGUGGAGAGGAUCGGUGCAAGGUCGAUUAGUUUGGUGGCAAUUUUGAGGGGAAAAAAUGGAGAGCAGCGAAGAGACGUGGAAGGGUCGUCGAGUCGUAUUAGACGUGGCAUAUACAGACACUUAAUUUUUUCGUCGAAAAGUAUAAACAGAAAGAUAACGCGGUUUGAUGCGUGCUCGUUGCUGCAGAGUACGUAGGUGAAAAGAGUCUUCGAUAAGCCGGUAACUAUGGUCGUUUUUUAACGUAGGAAUUUCCAUCUUAAACGACGAAAAGUGUAAGAAACUCGACUCAAUUUGUUUUAUGUAUAUUUACCUCGGUGGGCGGUCCAGAUUAUGCAUGCAUACUCGAACGUAGGCCUAACUAUUCGUAUAUAUAGCGUUUGUGAAGCUUUUGGCCUGUGAAAGAUAGAGCGUGAAACGAGUUUCACAAAGCUUAGACAUUUGUACGCCUUGUUGAUCGCGCGACCAAUAUGCCGCUGCAAACAGAGUCGCGGAUUUACACGUAACUUCUAGAUCACGAGCUUCUCCGAUAUAAUCGAAAAAGGAACGUUGUCGAUAGCGCGGUGGAAAUCGCGUUUACGAGCGAUCCGCGUUAUACGGCAUCGCGGUAUAUUUAGUUUUAGAUCAUUCAGAGAACACCAGUUUGCUAAUACUGACUGAAUCGACUUUUAGAUACGGCGUAAGGUGGCCAGCGUGCGGUAACGCGUUAUUAGCAUGGGCAGAUUCGCUGGUUAGAUCAUUGACGUGAAAUAAUAAAUACGUAAUAUAGCCAGCAGAAGAUAAGGAGAGGUAGAGCGCAAUGCCUAAAUCGGUUGUUGUUUCUCGUUUAUCCAGCGGUGUAUCAUUUAUACGGAGUAGAUGAAAUCAAGUACCGCUUUUUUCCCGCGUGAAACGCGUAACAUGACAUUUCGAGAUAUUAAACGGCAACGUGUUUUCAACACUCCAUUCAUGAAGUCGAAACAGAUUGCUUCGAAUAUAUCAGGCAACGAUUAAGGAUUCCAUCCUGUUGUAAACUUUUAAAUCAUCGGCGGAUAAUAAAAAUCUACUAUGUCGGAAAAAUGUUCACGCGUCGUUGAUAAAGACGAUGAGAGAGAAUGGACGAGAUCCUUGUGGAACAGCCGAAGCGAACCUUCCACGAUUUAGAAAGACAAGGCGACGAUUUCAGAGGUAGCUGGCAGCUGCGUCCAGGCAAUGACGCUUGCAUGGCUAGCUUUACGAAUCGGAAUAACACGAUUCAUCGAGUCGAGGGCCUCUCGCCGGUCUCUGUACACCGAGUUAACCCGAUGACCAUCGUCGAUGCUCCUCGGAUAAAUGGCGACGAAACAUCGCGAUGAUCGUGAACGUUCCUCGAACGAAACGACGCUGGUCGAAUGUAACGUGGUUUCAAAAUAACACAUUGGUGUAGAUAUAUAAAGUUAAUACGCGUAUUUACGUAUAAAAGUAAACGUUGCGCUCCGCAAUUAAAGCUACAACGAGAUACGAUAUAAUGACUUUCUGAUAGCAGAAAAAGAUUCAAAGGAUAUAUCGUAAGGAUGGAGAGUGCAGUAUUAAUAUUAAUGGCGAUAGGAUUUAUGCCGGCGCGGUGAGCAAGCCGGUAAUCGGCGUUACGCGGUUGAACAUAGAAAAUUUCUCACUGGAACAAUCGCUUCGAAACUCUCGGUGAUAUGGGAGCAGUCUACCAGAUCGUUAAACAAUUUACGUACAAAUAGCCAUGGCUCGAAGCUUUCUUCUAUUUUCUAAUGCCGCGAAGUCGAGAUCGGAAUUUUCUUAAAGGUACGCGUUGUAGGUAAGAACCGUGUCGUACGAACAAACAUACCAUUGUUCGUCGUUCUUCGAUGGCGAUUAAUCGGACAUGAGCUAUAAAGGUUUUCGGUUCGUGCGACGAAAAUUCUUCUCGCGAUACGCCCGUUCGAAGAAAACGUCGCGUAAAUACGCCAUCGAGAUCGAUCGAUAGUUUAGCGAGCGGAUUAUCGACGCGUCAACGGGGACGUCGAAAGUCGGGUGAAUCGAAUCGGCGUGGCGAAUCGUUGUUCGUCCUUUGCCUCGAGUCUUUCCUCUUCGAUCGCGAUCCACGCGUUUCUUCGUAGGAAACGAUAGAGUCGGUACUCGACGAACGAUCGGGAGGAAUCGACGUUCGCGGUGGAAGCGACGGCCGGUGCUCGAACCGGUCACGUUCGAAAACACUCGGAAACUAUUCGAGGAAUUUUCUACGGCCCCCCUCGGCUCGCUUAUCAGGAACAUGGCCGCGCGAACCUAGCGUUCGGAAGUCGUCUUCUCCGCUCGAGUUUUUAUCGCGAACGGUGAAACGGUGGUGGAAAAAUAGGUCGUCGCAACGACCCAGCUUCGGCGAGUCGGCUGGAUUGGUUCGGCGCGUACGUCCGUGUCCCGGAUGCACCUAUCUUUCGGUUCGUUCGGUCGGUCGACCGGCCGGCGUUGCUGACAUUUCUUUCGACGCGUUUGUUUAUCGGCGGAUCGGUUGGAGCUCGCAACGGUACUCGGUCGCCGGAUAUAGAAAUCAAGAGUUAUCCGCGGUCGUAGGAACGGCGUUGGUUGCCGCGUAUCGAGUUUUACGUCGAUUUCACCGCGGUGUACGCGUAGCGAAUUUUUCCGUAAGACGGCGACGACGAUGAUGCGACGAGUGGCAGAAAUUCUCGCAGAUGCCGUGGUGUUAGCUCUCGGGGAGGAUGUUCCACGGGGGCGGAAGCAGCGGUUACGGCGCGAGUUCCGACUACCAACAGCAGUCUCAACAGCAGCAACAGCAGCAACAGCAACACGGCCAGCAGCUUCAAGCGCCCGUCUACGUACCAUCUUCGAGGCCGACGAUCCCGUCGGCGGCGACAGCCGCGGCAGCCGCUGCGGCGGCCGCUCAGUAUCACUCGUUCCCCGGUUCUGGAUCGCCAGCUUGGGAGAAGACCGCCGCCUCGUGGCAGCAUGGCGUGGAGACGUACGCCGCGCACCACGCGCUCGCCGGCCACGCGAGCGGAUCAGCGGCCGCGGCUGCGGCUGCCGCCGCCGCCAUGGGUCCGCAUUCUGGCCACGCGCACCCUCAUCCGCAUCCGCACGCGGCACAUCCGCACACCGGACACCCUCACUCGAGCCUCGCCGCGGCCGCCCCCUUUUACGCCCAAAACGUCGCCAUGAUGUCCUCCUGGCGAGCCUACGAUGGAGCUGGAUUUCAACGGGCCUCUCCUUACGACACCGCGAUGGAUUUUCAAUUCGGCGAGGGUCGCGAAUGCGUUAAUUGCGGAGCUAUAUCGACGCCGCUUUGGAGGAGGGACGGCACCGGGCAUUAUCUGUGCAACGCGUGCGGACUCUAUCACAAGAUGAACGGAAUGAACAGACCGCUGAUAAAGCCGUCCAAACGGCUGACAGCAACCAGGCGUUUGGGUCUGUGCUGCACGAAUUGCGGUACUCGCACCACCACUCUCUGGAGGCGCAACAACGAAGGCGAACCAGUUUGCAACGCCUGCGGUCUCUACUUUAAGCUGCACGGCGUCAACAGACCACUCGCGAUGCGGAAAGACGGUAUUCAGACGCGAAAACGAAAACCGAAGAAGACGCCCGAGUCGAACGCCAGAUCGUCCACGGUGGAUCACGAAACUACCGCCGUCUCGGCCGCUUCUUCCCCGUCCACGGAAUUGAAGGGUAGUCAACAGCAGCAGCAGCAGCAGCAACAACAACAGCAGCAGCAACAGCAACAACAGCAGCAACAUCAAAUCGAGGUGUCCAAGUCGACCGCCGCUGGCGCGUCCAGUUCGUCGGACAGACCGGUGUAUCUCGGGCAUACGUCUUUAUUGGCGACCGGAAGCGUAGCUACCGUGAAAACCGAACCGCGAAGUUGCGACGGCAUCGUCGGACAACCGUAUUCCUCGUAUUACCAGCAUCCUCAUCAACUGGGGGUGGCGACCAGCGAGCAUCAACAGCAAACGUACUACGGGAGUCAGGAGGCUCCCUAUCAUCAUCAACAUCACGUUACCGCGGCUGCCAAGUUGUUAGCCUCCACGUAAUUUGAUCUCAACGUCGAAGAAUCGACGGGACGAUUUCCGCGAUGCGCCAAACGCCGGCGCGAAACGGACGACGAGCGCGUUCGUUGGUCGUUGUUCGUCAUCGUCGUCGUGUGUUGCUCGUUUCGUCGCAUUUCGUUUUUCGUUUCUCGCUUGUCCGUUGUCGUUCGUCGUUAUUACAUUGCCGCGUACGUUACGCGCAACGAGCCGUACGCGACCGAUAAGCGAACCAGCGGAAUGGAUAAGCGAGGUUUAUGCUUUCGUCGAUCGUUCGUCGACGAUUCGCCGCCGUAUAUUUAGUUUUCUCGUCGUCUUCGUCCCUCAGAAAAGAGUAAAAGGAAACGUCGUCGCGACCACGCUACGUGCUAUCGACCGACUUUCAUCGAUUUCGGCGUCGUGACACGGUCGUCCUGUCACGUUUGACGCUUAUGUUCGUCGAACGGUAUACGUGUAUUCGCCAACGAAAGGCACUCGAUUGUAAAUAAAAAUCGCGCGUCGAUUCGUAAGCUAGAUUUCUACGGUAGACUAGUUUUAGAGGCGUGUCGACGAUUUGAUCGACCGAUAGAGCGCAUGGAACGCGGCGAAUCCAAGGCGCGCGAACGACCUAUCCGCUUCGAAGAAAUGUCAGCUUUUUUGUACAGUUCCUGUAUGAUUAGUUUUCCGACGCGCAAUAAAGAGAAUAGCUUUCGA